ACUGGUGGGACAACAAACAAAAGACAACACUCAUGAAGGCAAGUGGUCACUGACACUUAAUACAAUGUAAUGUUCAUGAAAAGUGGCGAAUACUCUUCAUGCGUGCAACUUCCAACGUCCUCUGUCAACCAAUCUAAGUGGCGCGCGAGCACGAGGAGAAUAUGCAACCGCCAAGCAGGAGUUGUGCCUAAUCAGGUGACUAGAGAUUGUUUUUGAUGUAUGCCAGGGAGUGCGACAUUUCAACGUAGAGCGGAAGACCCUCCCGUGACCAUGUUAACAGAUCUCAUUGACACGCAGCCUCAGAGAGGGUCAGCCUUGCCACAAGCGAGCUCCGCAGUGCGCGACAGCACUCCACGUGUUACCCGCGCGGCCACCCGCCCGCAUUGUGGCCCGGCGGUCCCGAACGACGGCGUUGUAUCGCGCAGCUCGGGUCAAGCGCGCGACUCCCACAGUGCGGCGGACUCAAAACCACGCGCUGCUACACCUGCAGACUCGUGCGCUCACCUGCUGCUGGCCUGCCUCUCCUGCCAAUGCUCCGUGCUGCUGCUGGCGCUGCUGGAGGCCUGCGCGUCGGGCUCGCUCAGCCUCUGCGCCUGCUGCUGCGGCGCCUGCACCCGCUGCUGCGGCGCGCUGCAUCAGGCGCCCGUGGAGGAGCUCGCCUGCCACGCCCACUGCCACUCGGUCCUCUUCCAGUCCUGCGGCGAGUCUACAGAGUGUCUGGAGUUUUGUAUGGAGUGCUGCCGGAUUUGCCACCGCAACUAGGGGACGACAAGGACUGAAAAAGAACUGCGAAAAAAAUAAGAAUGAGAAUGCAGUGAGAUGAAAUGAUGAACUUUGGGGUUGAUACCUUUGUGCAAGUGGACAGUCACUCUUUCUCAUGUCCAAAUUGAAAUUGUGCUCCACAUAAGCGAGCAUGUAAAGGUGCCGUUUUAUCAUCUCAUUUGUUAUGAUGAUGACAGUGUCGGCAAAAAAAAAAAGAUUACUUAUUUCCUCUGAGGUUUUGGAACAAAACAGAAACAAAACAGCGAGUAGCUUUUGAAGUAUUAAAAUAAAUGCGCCAGGGCCAAUUAUCUGUCAGUGAAGUUUUGUUGGACAGCCAGUGUGGGACUCAUCAAAUUGAUUUUUUUUUAAAUUUCAAAACUAUCUACUUCGAGGGGAGGGCGGGGGGGGAAGAAAUAUUGUUUCCGUACAUUAAGCGCCAUUUAAUGACUCUGACCCGCAUAAGAAGGGCCCUCCUUGUUCAUUAUCGGAGAGCAAAGUGUCUUGUUGUAAUAUCGCGGCAUUGACUUCCACGUGAAGAGCCGAGGAGCGGGGCGACACCGAGUUUGUCAUCUCCCCCCCUUGAAUCCCUUCACGUAUUUGUCUUAGAACAUAAAAGAAAGCUUUAAGUCUGCCUAAGAUCUUCAAGACGGAUGGCGGUUUUUCUUUAAAAAGGACGUCAAGUGGGAUGACAAGCAGAGAGUAAACAGCCAAAAAUAAAACGGCAAGCAAUAAAAAAAUAAAAAUGAUUGUCAAUCCGUCUGGAGGGGGAGCCAGGAGGUGCGUUUAAAUGGCGUUUAAGACAAUUGUUAUUCUGCUGCUGACAAGAAAGAGUGGCGAUGUCUCAUUUGGACUGCAGCGGGUGGACGCUAACAAACAUACACCCGCGUUUGUUCCGCUUGUCCGUCUCAAUUUGUUCUACUCUCAAGCCACAACCGAGGACUCCGAACUUCCACUCUGCAGGUACAUUAUUCUGGCUACAUUGACACCAUCUUCUCGGCGACCACGGCAAUCACCUUUCAGGCCAGACAACACGGGAAAAAGAAAUAUUGUAGUCAACAGGAUUGGACUGUAUAAAAACACGAUCCACAUCACCAACCCAGGCGGAAAACGCAGGCACAAAACGUGAGUGUACCUAAAGCGGUGUGCCCUUCCUUGUUGCGUUAGCGUCUAUUGGCGGUUGGGAAGCCAGCUUCACCCUUUCAUGCAUCCAGUAACCUGAUAACAUGAUAAGCCGUCCACUGUAGUCACCGCUGUCCCUGAAAGAGUUAAUAGCGUCAUGGCUAAAGUCAAUUUUGAAAAACAAGAAAAAAAACACAUGGUCAGUAAAUGAGAAGAUUGCCUUGAUUCAACCUUACCAUGCCAAAAAUAUGAAUCACGAUUAAUUGAGGAAUAAUUAAAAACCAUAAUUUAGUUUUGGUACAAAACAAGAAAAAGGUAAAAAAUAUGAAGAAAAAUACAAUUCUUAUCUAGGUUCCUUUUGCGGCACACAAAAGACCGCAAGCCAAUGUGUUAAGUAAGUUAACAACUCAAACUGAAGUAAAUGAAGAAAGUGUCUUCCACGUUAA